ACUAGUUACACAUAGUUGCAUUUUACCAAGUUUGUCAGUUGGACAAAGCAAGUUUUUACUCAGACAGAAGCAGUGAUACAACAAAGAAAGGACCUACAUCUACUGGAAAACUCAACAUGGCAGCCAGUACAGCUACAGCCUGGAAUUCCAUUGGAUUUACCACGGAUGCUCCCCCAAGCCACAAUCUCAGUGUGGAUGCUGCAGACAUUGCUGUUGUUGUCAUUUACUUUAUUAUAGUCAUGGUGAUUGGAAUCUGGUCAUCAGUGCGAGCUAAUCGGACCACUGUGGGGGGGUAUUUUUUGGCUGGUCGUUCCAUGACAUGGUGGCCAAUUGGAGCCUCCCUGAUGUCAAGUAAUGUUGGCAGUGGUUUGUUCAUUGGACUUGCAGGAACAGGAGCAGCUGGAGGCAUUGCUGUGGGAGGAUUUGAAUGGAAUGCAGGAUGGGUCCUGGUGGCUUUGGGUUGGAUCUUUAUCCCUGUCUACAUCUCUGCUGGUGUGGUGACCAUGCCUGAAUACCUGGCCUUGCGUUUUGGAGGCCGUAGGAUCCGCAUAUACAUGUCUGUUUUAUCCUUGAUUCUCUACAUCUUCACAAAAAUAUCAACAGAUAUGUUUUCAGGGGCGCUGUUCAUCCAGGUGUCACUGGGCUGGAAUCUCUAUCUGUCUACAGCCAUAUUGUUGUUGGUUACAGCUGCUUACACUGUGGCAGGUGGUUUGGCAGCGGUCAUCUACACUGAUGCACUACAGACUUUGAUCAUGGUUGGUGGAGCCCUUUCGUUGAUGUUUAUGGCUUUCAUUAAGGUGGGCUGGUAUGAGGGCCUUGUGGAUCGCUACAUGUCAAGCUUUCCCACAGUGACAGUUGAAAACACGACCUGCCAUAUUCCUCGUCCAGAUGCAUUCCACAUGUUCAGAGAUCCUGUGUCAGGAGAUUUACCUUGGCCAGGGUUAAUUUUUGGCCUUACUGUGCUGGCUACAUGGGUCUGGUGUACUGAUCAGGUCAUUGUUCAGAGGUCACUGUCAGCCAAAUCCUUGUCUCAUGCCAAAGGAGGCAGCGUUUUGGGAGGGUACCUAAAACUGCUGCCCAUGUUCUUCAUUGUGAUGCCUGGCAUGGUAAGCCGAGCACUCUUCCCAGAUGAGGUUGGAUGUGUGGAUCCAGCACUGUGUCAAAGAAUAUGUGGAGCAUCCAUUGGCUGCUCCAACAUUGCUUACCCCAAACUAGUGGUAGAAUUAAUGCCUAUUGGUUUACGUGGUCUGAUGCUGGCUGUAAUUUUGGCUGCUCUGAUGUCAUCUUUGACAUCAAUUUUUAAUAGCAGCUCCACUAUAUUUACUCUGGACCUCUACCACAAAGCAAGACCAAGAGCUUCAGAGAUGGAACUUAUGAUUGUUGGAAGGAUUUUCAUCCUCGUCUUGAUGUGUGUUAGUCUGUUGUGGAUUCCAGUUGUCCAGACAGCCAACAGUGGACAGCUUUUUGAGUACAUCCAAUCUGUGACCAGCUUUCUAGCCCCACCAAUUACUGCUGUCUUCAUAAUGGGAAUCUUCUGGCCUCGGGCCAAUGAACAGGGGGCAUUUUGGGGUCUGAUGACAGGCCUGGUGAUGGGACUGGUCCGCAUGAUUCUGGAGUUCUCCUAUACAGCACCAUCCUGUGGUCAGCCUGAUCAUCGGCCCUCUGUUUUAACUGAUGUCCAUUACCUUUACUUUGCUCUCAUUCUGCUGGCUCUUACAUGCCUAGUAAUUCUUGCUAUCAGCUUGUUGACUGCUCCAAUACCAAAAGAAAAUCUCCACAGACUAACCUGGUGGUCCAGAUUUAAUCUUGAGCCUCGCGUCGACCUCACAACUCCUCAAAGGGUACCAGAUCCAGAGAACUCUGUUAGCUCUGAGGCAGAACAGUCUCAACCACCUACAUGGAAAAGAGUUGCUAUGUGGCUCUGUGGCCUGAGUAGUCCAAGCUCACAAUCUGUACCACCAAAUACACAAAGCAAUGAUCUGAACUUUCUGCAUGAGAAACCUGUUUGGAGGAAAGUCUGCAAUUUUAAUGCUGUGCUGCUCCUGGCUUUUAAUGUAUUUCUCUGGGGAUACUUUGCAUAAAGUUGUGCUUAGAACUUGUAGCAUUUUAUCUCAGUAUCUGUAGAGGAGUUCUCUCUAAUGUAAAGACACAUUGUACGGUGGAACUAAGAUGAUUGUCUUGUGUCAGCAAACUAAUAUGUGAAUGUGAUGUUUCAGUAUUCAAAUACUUGAUGAAAAGUUGAAAUUUAUGACUGUUAAAUUCAAUGUAUACAGACAUUAUGAAUAAAAUCAAUUCUAUAGAUGUAUAACAGUAUAAUUUACAAUGCUCAUCAGAAGUAGUACUGCUCAUUUUUGGUUUGAAAGUCCACCUUGAAAAUAGCUUUUAAUAAAUUGUGAAACCAAAUCAAAUUCUCCUUCUCCAUCUGCCAUUGUGGGCAUAAAAUAAAAAUAAAUUUGCAAGUAUUAAUGUGUGCAGAGCAGAUUGCUGAGGACUUCAGACGUCAUUGUGGACCUUCUAGCUCCCUGUUGAGGAGAAUUGGACAGUUGAUUGAUUAAAAAACACUGUUCAUUGCCAGAUAGUUUAAUUAAUGUAGGCUUACUUUACUGAUUUAGAAAGUGUGGGCAUAUUAGAUUACUACUGUCAACACAUAGACACAUCUGAUUUUGUGAAACAUAAACAUGUAUGGGAAUUUGUGCAGCCAAGAGAAACAUUACAAGCAAAGAGAAUAAAGUAUUGGAAUAGUUUUUUAUUGGUCUGGAGUAAUAUUCUAAUUCUGAAUGCCAUGUUUUUAAUAGCUGUAAGCACAAACGCAUAAUUAGCAAAAAAUAAAGGCUUUCAAACACC